CAGAUAAAUAAUCCACCUCUGCACACAAUCCCACUCAGAAAGGAGGCUGUGUUCCCACAUAACAUUUGGAGGAGACACACCCUCAGAUCUGCUGAGCGACAGGAGGAGAGCUUCUGCCUGAGGAGUUGAUGGGAUGCAGAGAGGAGCCACACAGUGAGCUUUAACCCUGCAUCACAGAGCAGCAGGAUGGAGACAUGAUGGGGACAAUUUAGCUGGACCAAUAAACCCAAGACUCCCUGCAGAUGUACUCAGCAAAUAAUUAACUGGAGACUGCAGCAAGAAACAUUGAUUUAGCCGAACGAAGGACCGCCACUCCCCACUGAUCCCUGUCACCAUGCCAACAUUUACAAUCCUCAGAGCAAACAGGAGUCCCCUGAGAAACUGCUGAGUUUAUCAGAGUAUAACAGCUUCCUUCUUACUCUGUGGGGGAGACGGGGAUGCAGAGAUGGUUCUCCGCUGGGAUCUCCUUCUUCUUUCUACCUUCCUGUUGAAGGCUGGUCCGGUUAUCGGAUGUGUUUGUCCACCAGCAACGAUUUUAUCCCAGUUUCCCUCUGAAGGUUUGGCAACUUCCUGCUGCUUGAACUUCUCUGGCUCUGCACUCAGUCAUGCACACUGGUCUGUGUUCACCAAUGGGACCAAAGCACAGAUUCUGGAUCUCUCCAACUGUAACAUCAGCUUUAUUUAUGUUAGUGAUAAACAAGCUUCUGAACUGCAGAGGGUUUACUUAGGUCGGAACAGACUGAGAGCGUUACCAAAGCAGUUCCUGGCAGGGCAGCCUAGUCUGAUUGAGGUGGAUCUGAGUGAGAACCUCCUGGAGGAGCUCCCCAAAGACUUUCUCCAGGAUUCUGAUCAUCUCCAGAGGCUGGAUCUGCGGGGGAACCAGCUACGUUCCCUCCCUGGUGAUUUAUUGCAGAUACGCAGUCUUGAAAGACUAGAGCUGGAUGAGAACCUCUGGGAAUGCUCCUGUUUGUUCCUGGAGGUGUUGGACGCAGGCCGGCAGGCUAACAGGACCACCAGGCUGGAGGAUCUUGUGGGAAACCUGACAUGCUCCUCUCCUGAACACCUGGCCGGGAGGACGGUGUGGUCUCUGAGGAUCAGUGACAUCUGCCGCCCAGCCGGCCUUACAGCACUCUUCAUCGUGCUCCCCCUGCUUAUCCUCUCUGCCCUGCUGCUCUGCUGGUGCUGCGGGAGGAAGAGGAAGAAAAAGGAAACACCUGCUUUCAGCUCUUCCAAGAAGAGGGCUCCCAGCUUUGGUUACAACAACCAUAAACAGCCCAACAAACCGCAGCCUCCAGGGGCCGAGCAGGGAGGAGCUGCUGACUCCGGCAGAGAGGGAAUCCUGAAGAACCAGCUGCUGCUGCGGCCGGCCUCGGCUCUCCUGGGCAGCACUCGGGACAUCUACGAAGAGGUGGAGAUCAAGCUCAGCUCGGUGGAGUCUCUUCCCCCAGCGUCCUGCUCCAGCUCCGCAGAGGGGAAUCAGGGCUCCCAGGAGCCCAACGGGGCCAACAAGACAGAGCUGGACACGGUCAGUGUGACAGAAGUGAUGAAAGACUCGGCUGACAGGGAGAAGGCUUAUCUGACUCAGUCCACUGAGUACUACAGCCUGGUGCCGGGUAUAGAGCUGGAGGACUCGGACCACGGGGAAUAUGAGAACGUAAAUCUGUCCUGACAUAAAGUUAAACACAUUAAAGACAUAUGCUCAAGUUUACAUACAGACUCUCAAUGUCGGGCAUGAAACACAUUCACACACCUCUAUCUUAACUUAUACUUGGAAACCAUAUGUAGAAAUCGAUAAACACACUUGAUUUAUGAUAUGUUGCUUAGUUUCUCGGAGCAGAAAUGUGUGUCAGCAGACCUGACUCAUUAUAGUAUGAUAAGCCUUUGAUUCAUAAGACAGAUUUAUACUAUGUAAUUGUUUUGCUUGUUUAUUUUAAUUUGUCUUUUUAAACUUGUUGACAGCAUGUAAUAUCUUUAAAACAGUCCAGAUGAGAUUAAUCCAUAGCUUAUUGUUUUCUGCUUCAUUGGCACAUGUUUUUAAUAAUUAAAACCAUAGCUUACCCAUGAUUGCUAAAGUUUAUUUCCUUAGUUUAUUCAACAAAAAAUAACACAAAAACUACAUAUAUUGAUAUAGUGCAACUCAAAAUAAAAAUAAUAAAUGAUUGUUUUUGUUUUUUACAACUGAACCAAAAUGGUGAUGGAAACACAGUGCUGCCCAGAUGUUUAAAGUUUAUAUUUAGCUGUGCUUAAAUAAUUGGGAACCAUUUUGUGUUGUACUUAAAUAAAAUGCCAUAAACAAA